AUACAACGCAUGGUGUAAUAUCUAUGUUGUCUAUUUCGAUCAAAUACCUGAAAAUACAUUAUGAAUAAAACACAGUAAACCUACCGUUUAUAACAAGAGCUUUGAAUACUGAUGCUUACGCCGUUUAGUCGAGCUAUAGUUAAUUAAGUCGAUUAUAAACAACUAUGACAUUUUAUAGGGAAGAAGGUUUAUGUAAGGAGAUUUUAUGAUCUAUGUAAUUCACACCGGAAAUGACUGUUUUUCAACAAAAUAACAAGGACGAGGAAGAGAAAAUUGGCCCAGAUGAAAUAAUCGACGAAAUUGGAGGAUGUGGGCGGUUCCAAAUUCGGAUGAGUAUCAUUGCUCACAUGAUGAAAAUCAUUGUCUGCUUUAGUUUUGCUGGAAUGGUUAUUUUUACCGCUCCACCUGAUUGGUGGUGUGAAAGUGACGCCAUGCUGCACAAUAUGACGUCAUGUAGUAGAUUUGAAAAUCGUACAUCUGUGAACUACUGUCAGAAGCAUUCAUGCUACACGGCUAAUGGUUCACAAUGUUCGUCAUAUGGAUUUGAUGAUAGUUUAAGUACUGCUAUAAAUGAGUUCAAUCUAAUAUGUGACCAAGACUUUAUUCCAAGUACGAUCAAUUCUAUCCAUCUAGCCGGAAUAAUGUUUGGAAACCUCAUAUCAGGACAAAUUUCGGAUUUAUUUGGACGUAAACGGCCUAUGUUUAUGUCCAUUGUUAUUAUGAUGGCGGCAAAUCUUCUUGGAUUUUUCUCCACGUGUUGGGAAAUGUUUGCUGCUGCUGCCUUUUUCAUUGGAGUUGGAGGAGGUUUCUUCCUGACUACCCAUUACUGUCUUUUGUCGGAAUUUUCACCAGCAAAAUGGCGUGUUUGGAUUACUGGCUUUCCCUCCUGGCCUAUGCAGGGGUGUUUGUUCUCACUCGUAUCUUGGCUUUUACACGACUGGAGAUAUAUACAACUAGUUACAGCAAUUAUGGCCUUGCCAUUUCUGCUGUCUUGGUUUGUCUUUCCAGAAAGUUUCCGAUGGUAUGUAGCACAUGACAAACCGGAAAAAGCCGGAAAUAUUCUCCGCUCUGUAGCGAAUUACAAUAAACAUAAUGAUGUCAACUUCAGUAAGGCUUUAAAGAAACCAGAAGAUACACACGACCGGCGAUAUACUCUUUUAGAUUUGUUCAAAACAAAAUAUAUGAUCAGGAUAUCAUUGCUUUCUUCUUUGAGUUGGUUUGCUCUUGGAAUUUGUUCUUUUGGUCUGGCUUUUGGGAUACAGUCGCUGUCAGGAAACAUUCAUUUUAAUAUGUUCUUGUUUAGUUUGACCGGAAUCCCUUCUAAAGUGAUAGCACUUUGGCUACAAAAUAGGUUUGGUCGUCGAGCUUCGUGCAUGUUGUGCUUUGUUAUCGUUAUGAUUGGAGGGUUUACUGUUGGUAUUGUACAAAGCACUGGUAAAUAUUUACAAAAUAAACAAUUCUUUUUUCGAAUAUAUAAGUUUUUUGAUUAG